AGCAGAUGGGGCGCGUCCUGCAGCGCACGGCCAUCUCCACCAACAUCAAGGAGCGCCUGGACUUCUCGUGUGCCCUGUUCGGGCCCGGGGGGGGGCUCGUGUCCAACGCCCCCCACAUCCCCGUGCACCUGGGGGCCAUGCAGGAGGCCGUGCAGUUCCAGAUCCGUAACCUGGGCCCGGAGCUGGGGGAGGGGGACGUGAUCCUGAGCAACCACCCCAGGGCGGGGGGCAGCCACCUGCCCGACCUGACCGUCAUCACCCCCGUGUUCUGGCCAGGUGUCUCCGGGCCCGUGUUCUUCGUGGCCAGCCGGGGUCACCACGCCGACGUUGGGGGCUCCAGCCCCGGCUCGAUGCCCCCGAACUCAACGAGCCUGAGCCAGGAGGGGGCCACCUUCGUGUCCUUCAAACUGGUCACCGGGGGACACUUCCAGGAGCAGGCGGUGAGCGCGGCUCUGCUGGCCCCCGGCUCCCAGCCCGGCUGCUCGGGGACCCGGAACCUGCGGGACAACCUGGCCGACCUGCGGGCCCAGGUGGCCGCCAACCAGAAAGGGAUCGGGCUGGUCCGGGAGCUGAUCCGGGAGCACGGGCUGGACACCGUGCAGGCUUACAUGGGUCAUGUGCAGGCCAACGCGGAGCUGGCGGUCAGGGACACCCUGCGGGCGGUGGCCGGACGUUGGGGGACGUCGCUGGCGGCCGAGGACACGAUGGACGAUGGGACCCCGAUCAGGCUGAGGGUGGAGCUGGACCCCAAACAGGGCAGCGCCGUGUUCGAUUUUGGGGGGACGGGCCCCGAAGUUUUGGGGAACUGCAACGCCCCCCGAGCCAUCACCCUGUCAGCCCUGAUCUACUGCCUGCGCUGCCUGGUGGGCCACGACAUCCCCCUCAACCAGGGCUGCCUGGCCCCGGUCCAGGUGCGGAUCCCGCCCGGUUCCAUCCUGGACCCCUCCCCCGACGCCGCCGUGGUGGGCGGGAACGUGCUGACGUCACAGCGCGUGGUGGACGUGGUGCUGCGCGCGUUCGGCGUCUGCGCCGCCUCCCAGGGCUGCAUGAACAACGUGACGUUCGGCUCCGAGCGGGGGGGGUACUACGAGACGGUGGCGGGGGGCGCGGGG